AAUUAAAGGAUGGGUUUCUGAGCUCAUCGCUUGUUUUCCCAUAAAUACAAGAAAGUUCCUGCUUUUUAACACCAAUUAACCCUCAAAAUCAGGCGGAAACCAUGUGCGAUUUGUCAUUAAUUAGUCAGAAGCUUCGAUCAAACGAAUCUGUCUUGCUCGGUUUCGAAGUUUAUCGCGCAGGAGAGACGAAAAAUGUGGAUUUUAUUCUUACCAUCGUGAAUUCCGGACCAACUUAUGCGAUUUUUGUGAUAAAAUUGAGCAAUUUUCCCGCAACUGUGUUGAGUGACUUGACCAUCGACAGUGUUUUUCCCAUUGACGAUGGUAUUACAUUCGAAGUUGAUCAAGGAAAUGGAAUUUCUUCAUAUCAACUGAGACUGUCGAACAGAUUUCAAAGCGAAAAGUUUUUUUAUUCGCCGAUGCCUGAUCAGCUGAGUAAUUUGCAAGCAUUUCGUUCGACUUUUGAGCAGAUCAAAGGGCAAUUUGUGCCGACAGCAGGGAAUUUCGAGUGGUUGAAGUACUAUCAGUGCAAGGAUGAUGCUAUCGUAAUUGAUAGAAAUGUCGCGAUGGGCACGGCAAAACCUCAAAGUCGCGAAGAAAAAUUUAGCGAAGAGUUGCGACGUCGAAAAGCUGAGUACACUUUCACGAAUCAGUACAAAAUUUUCUGCGGAACAUUUAAUGUGAAUUGCGUGCUGCCCAACGACAUUUAUUUGAAGGAAUGGCUCUCGGUUGUCUCCGAACCGCCAGACAUUUAUGCGAUUGCCUUUCAGGAGAUCGACAUGAAGCCAGAUACGAUAAUUUUCAGUGAAACGAGACCCGAUCGACAAUGGAUCGAAAAAGUCAUGGAUGCCGUGUUUUCGGGCGUGGAAUAUGUCGAAUUGAUGACGGUGCGUUUUGUUGGCAUGCAAUUGACGGUUGUGAUUCGGAAGUCGUUGCGAACGAGCGUGAAACAAUGUCACACAGAUAUGGUAGGAACGGGCACGUUGAAGUAUGGGAAUAAAGGCGGCAUCGGAAUUAGCAUUAAACUGAAUGAGUCAUGCAUUUGUUUCAUCAAUUCGCAUUUGGCAGCGCAUCAAAGCGAGGUAGAGCGACGGAAUGAAGAUUACAAUGAAAUUAUGCGACGCAUGCAAUUCACGGAAGGGAUUCGCAAACGAUGCAUUUUGGAACAUGAUCACGUCUUUUGGCUGGGCGACUUGAAUUACCGUGUUGAUGCCGAAAAUGUACGUUCAAGCACAUUUUGCUAUCGUGACCUCAAGUUCAACGAUCAGCUGUACAAAGCAAAGUUGGAAAAUCGCGUUUUUCAAGGUUUCGAAGAGGGAACAAUCGAAUUCAAGCCAACGUACAAAUAUGAUUCGGGAACGGAUAAUUUCGACAGCAGCGAAAAACAACGAGCUCCUGCUUGGUGCGAUCGAAUUUUGUGGAAAGGAAAAAAUGUCGUGCAAAAUUCCUAUAAUAGCGUCAUGGAAAUUCGAUUUAGCGACCAUAAACCUGUUUAUGCGACGUUUACGGUGCCCGUUCUCGAAAUUGAUAUGGAAAAGUACAAACGCGUGCAUGAAGAAGUGCUUAAAUCAAUGGAUAAAUAUGAGAAUGAUAAUCAACCGAUGUUGACAAUUGCCCAAACUGACAUCGAUUUUGGUCACGUGAAGUUUAACGAAACGAAAACGUGUGAAUUGGUGAUUGCCAAUAAUUGUCAUUUGCCUGUGCAUUUUGAAUUUAUGGGCAAAGACGGUCCAAAUAGUCGUUCAUGCGAGCCAUGGAUCGACAUAAGCCAUCCAUCAGGAGAUUUGUUCACGGGCGAUAGUCUCAGCAUUCAGCUAAAAAUCUUCCUCGACACUUUUGCUGCUUCCAAAAUGCUGAAAAAGAUCAAAGAUGCUCGUGCCGGCGAGAAAAGUCCUUUGGAUAUUCUCGUUUUGCACGUUUCCAAAGGUCGAGAUACUUUCAUCACACUCUUCGGCGAAUAUCAAGCAAGUUGUUUUGGGCUUUCCAUUGAAACGCUAGUCAAAUUAUCCAAACCCGUUAACGAAUAUCAGCUGCACGACUUAAUUAGCAUCGAAAUUAAGGGACAAACAACAAAUUUAGUCGAGCUCGAUACAAUGUCGAAUCGCAUGAUUCCGCGUGAAGUUUGGCUGCUCGUGGAUUAUUUGCAUAAAAAUGGAUUGGAAACGAAAGAUUUGUUCACUAUUCAGCGGAAAUAUUCCAAAAAUAACAAUAAUUUGAAUGAAAUUCGAGAUUGGUUGGAUUCAUGGUCGACAGCGGCGUAUCCUGGCAUUCCUCAAACAACCGCAGAAGCUCUCUUAAUGCUUUUUGAAUCGACGCCUGAGCCUCUGUUGAAAGUAGCUGACAAAGACAUCAUCAACGUGUGUGAUUCGUUCGACAAAUGCCGUGCAUUGGUCAUCAAUCAAGUUUCGCCGUUGAGAAGGCGCGUGUUUCUCUAUGUUUGUCUCUUUAUAAGGGAGUUGAGAAGGCAUUAUGACGUCAACCAAAUGAAUGAUCGAAAUCUUGCCUUAAUAUUUUCUCGAGUCUUCAUACGGGCUCCAAACGUGCCAAUAAAUCAAACAACAGCAAAUCGCCAGGCAUUUCAACAAUAUCAAGUAGUUCAAGAAGAUCGUCGUCGACAAUUCAUCCAACAAUUUUUCGUAAAUGACGUUCAGCAAUGGGCUGAAAAUGAACUCAGCAGUUUUCCAUCUUAA